AUGGUCGAUGAAGAGAGCAUUAACCUUGGAGUCAAUGCAACCCCUCAAUUCAUUGGAAGUUUGAUGGAAUUUGUAUGGGCUCAAAUCGGGAAUACCGCCGUCGAUCUGGAGUCGUUUUCGAAACAUGCGGGAAGGACCUCCAUCAAACCCGCCGACGUCAUGCUUCUUACCAGGCGAAACGAAGGCCUUGAGCAGAUCCUGCGCGAAGAAUUGGAGCGACUGGAGCGAGCAAAAGCCAAGAAAGACGAAAAACAACACAAAUGA